AUGUUGUUUGCUGUCUUUGGUUUCAUUCUCUCCCUUGCAUUGGCACUCGCCAAUGGAGAGCCAUUGAAGUACUCUUCGGAUCACUUUGAGGCUUGGAUGGACAAUCAUGGAAAGGAUUAUAAUGAUGACAAAUCAGAGUACGAGCAACGAUUCCAGAACUUUCUCAUGAAUUCCAAGGUCGUUGAAAAUCACAACCAAGCCUACGAGAAGGGAUACACUUCUUAUGCUAUGAGUCUGAUGAAAUCACCAUUUGCCGAUUUGACCGAUGCCGAAUUCGAAGCCAGUCACUUGAUGGCUUGGCAAAACUGUUCCGCUACUACACAUCCAUCGAGUGGACCCAUGACAUCAGAUAUCGAGCUUCCAAAACACGUCGACUGGAGGACCAAAGGAAUCAUUACACCCAUCAAGAACCAAAAGAUGUGCGGAUCGUGUUGGACCUUUAGCACCAGUGGAUGUUUGGAAGCCCACACGUGUUUGAACAAUCCCGAUUUGGAUUGUACUACUUGGACCGGACUGGCCGAACAACAGCUGUUGGAUUGUGCCGGAGACUUUGACAAUCAUGGCUGCAAUGGUGGACUGCCAAGUCAUGCCUUUGAGUACAUCAAAUAUGCUGGAGGAAUGGACAGCGAACAAGAGUAUCCAUAUCUUGCAAAGGAGAAUGACUCCUGUCAACUCUCGCCGCUUGGCUUUGCGGCCGAAGUUGCUCAAAUUUACAACAUUACCAGUGGUGACGAAGACGAUCUGACGACUGCCAUUGCCGCCGCAGGUCCAGUUAGUGUGGCCUAUCAAGUAUCGCCUGAUUUUCGAUUCUAUAGUCAUGGUGUGUAUGAUAGUUUCAAUGCGACUACCAAUCAUACCAUGUGCAAGUCCGAUGCCAUGAGUGUGAACCAUGCCGUUGUUGCCGUUGGUUACGGCGAGACAGAAGCUGCCAAGGAUAAGUCGUCGGUUCCAUAUUACAUUAUUCGCAACAGUUGGUCUACCUCUUGGGGUAUGGAGGGCUACUUUUGGAUCAAGCGUGGGGAAAAUCUAUGCGGAAUCAGCGACUGCGCGUCCUAUCCUAUCGUUCCCAGAGCAAGCAAAAAUCAAGAUGGCGUACUUGAUGUACAGACAUCUCGUCUCCGAAAGAAAGCAUAA